UUCAGCUGGAAGCAGGAGUUGGUGAAGCACCCAAGCAGAUCAUUCCUUUAACAUGCAUUCAUUGAGACGUUCUUGCCAUGAAUCCAACAGAGUCCAGGAGAAGAACGUGAGGUCACGGCUGAUGGGAGGAGAGGUCGGUGGGAUAGAGCUUUUGACAGUGUCGGGAACUGCUGGACACAUCACCACACCCUGGGGGUUUCCUAUGGCAGAAACUUACUCUCACACCGUUCUGGAAGCUGGAAGGAAAGAUCAAGGUGUCAGCAGGGUUGGCUUCUCCGAGGGCUGUGAGGAGGAACGCAUCCCUGGCUCCUCUCCUGGUUUCUGGUGGCUUCGGCUGCCCUUGGCGUCCCCUGGCUUGUGGCCUCAUCGCUUCACCGUCUGCCUCCAGCAUCAUGUGGCCUUGCUCUUUAUGGGGCUCUCUGAGGAAAGCGAGAGGGCUGGUCUGCACUCAGAGGCUGCCAGGACCUCCCGGGAGCGCCCACACACCCCACAGCCCGCCUGUCCUGGGAAUACCUCUCCCGGCCCUGAAUACCUGUCCCCGACUCCCUGUCUAGGACAACAGGGGCUGUCAGGGCCGUGGGCAGGCCCGGCCUACCAACCAGACCCUACAUGGGCCCCGCCUUGGUCCUGGAGCCAAUGCCUGGCUGAUCGGGGAACAAGAGGAGCCUUCAGCACCUCGAAUCUGGGAGGGUUGAGGUUUUCGCACCGGGCCACACCUGAGCCGCCGGGAGCCGGGAGGUUCUGGUGGCCUCUCCACCCGUCUCUCUCUGGCACCGCCAAGGCUGACUCAAUUCCACGUCCACACGGAAAGAGCAGGGCCCUCUCAGCGCAGUCCUGGUUAGCUAUUCAGAGCCUCUGCCGAGUGCCAGGGUGCACCACGGAAGGAGUCUGGCCUUGCCCACUGCAAUCCCAUGCCCCUAGCUGAGUCUUUCAACCUCUCAGGACUCAGGUUCCUC